GGCCGCCAGCGCUGCGCGGCCCCGCCGAGAAUGCAGCGAGGGCCCGGCGAGCUCGGCCCGGCCCCGCGGCCCCGCGCAGGCGCAGCGCUCGGGCGGGAUGGCAGCGGCGGCGGCCGCGCCGGGGCCGGGCCCGGGGCCCGCGGAGGCGGCGGCGCCCGGGGAGGAGGCGGCGGGCGCGGGGCCGCAGGGCCUGGGUCCGGCCCGGCUGGCCCGGCUACCGCUGGCGCGGGUGAAGGCGCUGGUGAAGGCGGACCCGGACGUCACCCUGGCCAGCCAGGAGGCCGUGUUCGUGCUGGCGCGGGCCACGGAGCUGUUUGUUGAAACCAUAGCCAAAGAUGCCUACGUGUAUGCCCAGCAAGGAAAAAGGAAAACCCUGCAAAGAAAAGACCUGGAUAAUGCCAUUGAAGCUAUUGAUGAAUUUGCUUUUUUAGAAGGUACUUUGGACUGAGCUGGACAGAGACAGCUCUCUGGAGAAAGAGACUGCAGAGUUGGUGUGAGAUGGAAAACAGGAUGCUGAGAGUUCAAAAAUAAUUCCUAGAAUUGAGACACUGAAAUUGAGACAUGGCAACCAUGAUAUUUUGUAUAAAGUUGAAGUUGUUGUAAGUUCUUUAUUUAAAAUGCAUAUUUUUUCAUAACUAUUUUGUAUGUCCCUUCCCAUGUGGCUGCAGUGCAGCUCUCUGCUCUGGCCAGGUUACACAGCAUUUACUCCCAGUAGCAGUCCCUGCCCCUGGGUUCUCUUCAGCACCAUGGAGCUGUGAACAGAGAGUGGCUUGGCUCAGGUGCCCAGGCACAAGGAAUUUUUUUAAUGGAAGUGUGGGUUUUGUUAUAUAUGUUUGUCUCUUAACACAAUUAAAUUUUUGUUGUUGUUGUUGA